AUGGCGGCACCGCAACCCAAGUCAGCACAUGCGGCCCAUGCCGUCGCUACCAAAUUUCACGGCUACGAGUUUGCCGGGACGGUGGGUGGCUUUCUCAUCUCCUUCGGCCUCCCGGUGCUCUGCUACCUCUUCACCUUUGCCUGCAAUGACAUCUCCGGCUGUCCUGCGCCCUCGUUGCUCAACCUCAAAUCCCUCGACCUCGAAACAUUGAAGCGCGAAGUGGGAUGGCCCGACAAUGUAGUCUGUGGCCUCAUCAGCUGGCGCGUCAUGGGAUGGACCCUCGCGUAUUACCUGUUUAGUGCCGUGCUCCAGAGGGUUCUCCCAGGCCAAGAGGUGGAGGGAACUGUGCUCGCUAACGGCGGCCGGUUGAAGUACAAGCUCAACAGAGUAUCGCUAGCCCUUACCUCGACCAUCUUUACCCUCGUCGUAUGCCUCGCUGGCACCGUCGCCCAGGGCGCUGAGUUCCCCGUCUGGGCCUUCAUGACCGACAACUACCUGCAGCUUCUGACAGCGAACAUCCUGAUUGCGUACUUCCUCGCCACGUUUGUGUACAUCCGCAGCUUCAGCGUCAAGCCCGGCAACCCGGAGCACCGUGCGCUGGCCCCUGGCGGCCUGUCCGGUAACAUGCUAUACGACUGGUUCAUCGGCCGAGAGCUGAACCCUCGCGUGACGAUCCCGCUUCUCGGCGAGAUCGAUAUCAAGAUCUUCAUGGAACUGCGCCCUGGUAUGCUGGGCUGGAUGUUGUGCAACUUUGCCUUCAUUGCCAAGCAGUACCGCACCUACGGCUUUGUGACUGACAGCAUCGUAUUCAUCGCCGUGAUCCAAGCGGUGUAUAUCAUCGACAGCCAGGUCAUGGAGUCCGCUAUCCUGACCACCAUGGACAUCACCACGGACGGCUUUGGCACCAUGCUCGCCUUUGGCGACCUCGUGUGGGUACCCUUCAUCUACUCCACCCAGUGCCGGUACCUCUCCGUCUACCCCGUCUCCCUCGGCAUCCCGGGCCUCAUCGCCAUGGGCGUCCUGCUUGUGACCGGCUUCUCCAUCUUCCGCCUGGCCAACAGCCAGAAGAACACAUUCCGGACCAACCCGGACGACCCGUCCGUUGCCCACCUCAAGUACAUCACCACCAAGACCGGGUCGAGGCUGCUCGUUUCGGGCUGGUGGGGCGUCGCACGCCACAUCAACUACUUCGGCGACUGGAUCCAGUCCUGGCCGUACAGCCUGCCCACCGGAAUGGCGGGCUAUGUGAUUCUGACAGCCGGGUCGGGCGUCGACGGCGCUUUCAAGAUGGCCGACGGCAGGGAGGUCGUGCAGGGCGCCGCGAGGGGGUGGGGUAUCAUCUUCACCUACUUUUACAUCAUCUACUUUGCCGUGCUGCUGGUCCACCGUGAUGGCCGAGACUCGGAGAAGUGCGCGCGCAAGUACGGAGAGGACUGGGAAAAGUACAAGAAGAUUGUACGGUGGCACAUUAUUCCUGGUGUGUACUAA